AUGGCCGAGGUGCCCACGGGGACGUACCGGCAGCUCUUCCAGCCCAAGCAGCUGAUCACGGGCAAGGAGGAUGCGGCCAACAACUACGCCUGUGGGCACCACACCAUCGGGAAGGAGAUCAUCGACCUGGUCCUCGACCGCAUCCGCAAGCUGGCUGACCAGUGCACGGGGCUGCAGGGCUUCCUGCUCUUCCACAGCUUCGGGGGUGGCACCGGCUCCGGCUUCACCUCCCUGCUCAUGGAGCUCCUCUCCGUCGACUACGGCAAGAAGUCCAAGCUGGAGUUCUCCAUCUACCCGGCCCCGCAGGUCUCCACGGCCGUGGUGGAGCCCUACAACUCCAUCCUCACCACCCACACCACCCUGGAGCACUCCGACUACGCCUUCAUGGUGGACAACGAGGCCAUCUACAUCUGCCGCCGCAACCUGGACAUCAAGCGGCCCACCUACACCAACCUCAAUAGGUUGAUAGGCCAGAUCGUGUCCUCCAUCACGGCCUCCCUGCGCUUCGAUGGGGCCCUGAACGUCGACCUGACGGAGUUCCAGACCAACCUGGUGCCGUACCCCCGCAUCCACUUCCUGCUGGCCACCUACGCCCCCGUCAUCUCGGCCAAGAAGGCUUACCACGAGCAGCUCUCGGUGGUGGAGAUCACCGGCGCCUGCUUCGAGCCAGCCAACCAGACGCACUCCGACUACGCCUUCAUGGUGGACAACGAGGCCAUCUACAUCUGCCGCCGCAACGUGGACAUCAAGCGGCCCACCUACACCAACCUCAAUAGGUUGAUAGGCCAGAUCGUGUCCUCCAUCACGGCCUCCCUGCGCUUCGAUGGGGCCCUGAACGUCGACCUGACGGAGUUCCAGACCAACCUGGUGCCGUACCCCCGCAUCCACUUCCUGCUGGCCACCUACGCCCCCGUCAUCUCGGCCAAGAAGGCUUACCACGAGCAGCUCUCGGUGGUGGAGAUCACCGGCGCCUGCUUCGAGCCAGCCAACCAGACGGUGAAGUGCGACCCACGGCACGGCACGGACACGGCGUGCUGCCUGCUGUACCGCGGGGACGUGGUGCCCAGGGAUGUCAAGGCUGCCAUUGCUGCCAUCAAGACCAAGCGCAGCAUCCAGCUCGGGGACUGGUGCCCCAGCGGUUUCAAGGUGGGCAUCAACUACCAGCCGCCCACGGCGGUGCCCGGCGGGGACCUGGCCAAGGCGCAGCGUGCUGUGUGCGUGCUGAGCAACACCACGGCCGUGGCCGAGGCCUGGGCCCGCCUGGACCACGAGUUUGACCUGACGUACGCCAAGCGGGCGUUCGUGCCCUGCUACGUGGGGGAGGACAUGGAGGAGGGGGAGUUCUCGGAGGCGUGGGAGCACAUGGCUGUCCUGGAGAAGGAUUACGAGGAGGUGGGGGCCGACAGCGUGGAGGGCGAGGAGGAGGGCGAGGCAUACUGGUCCCUGUGCCUUCUGUCUGCUACACCACGGUGCUGUUCACUGGAAUUGCUCCUUCCAGUCUGGCCUCGUUUCUUGUCCCAGCACAAUCUGCCUGGCGGUGACCUGGGGGACGUCCCCAGGGGAGGGGGGUCCUGGCUGAGCUGA